AUGACCAAACGGUCGCCCCAGUUGGCCUCGCUCUUCCAAGCUGCCCAGGCGAACAAGCCGGAAGAUGCUGAGACUGGCCUGCCACAGACAGCCCCGCCUGGACCUUUUAUGCAGCAGAUGAAACUUGGCUCUGACGUAAGGUCAUCGGUGUAUGUGUCAUCGGUAUAUGUAGCCACGCGCUUGGCAUUACCGAACGCUGAGUCGAUUAGGCUGCAACAUCCACAAGGCUAG